AUGUUGCUCAUCAACCGCCUGAUCUCAAUUCUGGCAUUGGCUCAAGCCACUGUUGCUUCGUUGCAAAUAGUCCCCGGAGCGACUUGGACUGCCGAUGGUACAAAUCAGCAUAUCCAGGCACAUGGCGGAGGAAUCAUCGAGGUCGAUUCCACCUACUACUGGAUUGGCGAGAACAAGCUCGACGGCAGUGCAUUUCAGUCUAUCAAUUGUUACUCCAGCACAAACUUGGUGGAAUGGACCUUUGUCAGCGAGCUCCUGUCGCGACAAGGCAGUGGAGACCUUGGACCGAACCGGGUUGUUGAACGGCCCAAGGUCAUCUACAACGAGGCGACCUCCACGUAUGUGAUGUGGAUGCAUAUCGACGACAGCUCCUACAAGGAGGCCAAAACUGGCGUGGCGACCUCGUUCAGCGUCUGUGGGCAAUAUAAUUAUCUAGGGUCAUUCCGACCUUUGGGCCAGCAAUCGCGCGACAUAGGCUUGUUCAAGGAUGACGAUAGCUCGGCGUAUCUGCUCACGGAAGAUCGCCCCAAUGGAUUGAGGAUUAACAGACUGACCGAUGAUUACACGAAUCUGGACUCGACCAUCUAUCUCUUUCCAGAGCAUAUCGAAGCCCCAGCGAUGUACAAGCAGGACGGGGUAUACUUUCUAUUUGGAUCUCAAUUAACCGCAACCAACGACAACAAAUACACCACCGCUACAGAUCUCCAGGGCACUUGGAGCUCCUGGGCCAAUUUUGCCCCUUCUGGAACCCACACAUACGACUCCCAGACUAACUUCAUCUUCGGAGUCGGGAACUCCGUAGUGUACAUGGGUGACCGCUGGAAAUCAUCCAACCUCAUGGCAUCGACCUACAUCUGGCUUCCCUUGACUAUCCAGGGAACACAAGCCAGCCUGCAAAACCCAGGUUCCUGGAUCCUCCCUCUCGACGGAACCUGGUCCGCCGGCGGCGCAACAACAACCAUCGAAGCCGAAUCCUCCAACAAUAUCCUCUCCAACGGCGCCAAAACCGUCUCUUGCAGCGGUUGUUCCGGCCGCAAGUCUGUCGGUUGGAUCGGGGGUUCAGGCAAUGGAACACUGAAGAUCAGAGGUGUAGCCGGUGCGUCGAGCAUGACCACCAUCCGUGUGCAGUUCGAGAACGGCGAUUCCGCCCAGCGGUAUGUGACGGUGAGUGUCAACGGGGAGUCGCAGAUUCUGGCAUUCUUGCCCUCGCAGGAUGGGAAUACCCCUGCGUCUUCUGCUUUGCAUGUUCGGUUGCAAGUUGGGAGUAACACGAUUACUUUCAGUGGGUAUCAAGGGCAAUAUGGUCCGGAUAUUGAUCGGCUCGUAGUGCCAAAUUCGUAA